AUGUCACAUUCUUACAACUAUCAAUUGAGUUUCUGGGAUGAGCAGGAUACAGGCACUCGAAUUCUCCUGGAACACGUUAGUCAAGGGCUUGAAUCCUGCGAGGGUCUGAUAGACUUUUUUGAAGAGAGAAGCAAGCUCGAAAAGGACUACGCGCGGCGGCUGAGCGCUAUCACCGCCAAAUUCAAUAGCAACAUACAGUCACAGCCAGACUACGGGAAACUUGGACUCAGUGUUAAAAGCUUACAUUCAAGCCAAGAACGGCUCAGCCAGUCCCAUUCGAAACAGGCUGUAGCUAUAUACAGAGAUGGGUUUUCGGAGCUCAAGUUAUUUGUACAGGACCUCCAAGCAAGAUACAAGACGAUCAGUCUUAAAACCAGAAACUUGUGCAACGACAAGAUCACCAAGAAGCAGCUCUGCGAUGUCUUGCAGGGAAAGCUUGAAAAGGCCUCCACCGAGUUGCGAGACUGUCAGCUUAAUCAGGACAACUAUCUUGGCAAGCGCGAUUCGUCCCAGAAUGACCGCCACAUACAAAAAUGGAGAAGCAUUGUGGAUGAACUGCAGAUGAAAUUAGAUGUUUUGAAGCAAGAGUAUAAAAAUUCUACCAAGCACUGGUUACAUGAGUGGUCGCGGUUGAGUCUCGAACUACAGGAACUGGAGCGCUCCCGCAUCCAAUUCAUAAAAGUCAAAUUGCAGGAGUUUUCAAAACAAUGCUCGGAUGCAGCAGUGGAAGAGCAAAUAAGCAUGGACAAUUUAACACAGCAGCUAACCAAAUUCACUGCCGACCAAGACAUUUCAAGUUUCGCAUAUAACCAUGGCACGGGACGAAUAAGAGGCAAUUUUGUUCAUGCGGCAAGCGCCGAUAGCCCGCGCACAAGCUCCACAUCGAGUAAACACGUCCAAAAUGUUCGUCAACUCUCUUCGCAACUUCAAAGAAGUAGGUUAUCCGGUUAUUAUGAGGAGCAAGCAGCUGACGUACCGCAUCCAGAAGUUGAGAAGCAAAAGCCAGAGCCUACCAAGCUUGAUCGCCUUGAGCCGCCUGAAACGGCCGCAGAAGUUUACACUUCAUCCGAAUCAUCGAACGAGUCAUCAAAUCCAACAGAAUUUACUUCAAAUGUUAGACAUAGAGCCAGUGUCGAGUCUAUGUCGACAUCUAUAUCAUCUCUUGCCCAUAGUAUCGGUGACUCUCAGCGAUUUGCCAAAUCUUGGAAUUCCCAAAACCGCAGAAAGUCAAAAACUAGAUCACAGCUCCUUGAAUCAUCUCAAUCAUCAAACUUGAAUGAAGGCUCAAGAACCAGCAGUAUGGAGACAACCAGGUUCCAUGCUAGCUCGGGGCCAAGAACAACCCAACGCAGGAAGUCAAUGGUAGCUAGCGAUUCAAGUUCUAACCCAUUCAAAGAAGCGCUUGAAGCCAUGAAGAGGGGUAGCAGCGGAUACGAUGAUGUUGAAGACGAAAGACCAAGUAAUUCAACAUCUUCGCAGAAAAAGCAUCUAAUACCAUUUCAACAUUCCAGGAGCUCAACAAACGAGACCUGCACUAAGAGAGUAAUGGACAAAGACCACUAUGUGGAACUUCCACUCUUUUCAAGUAAGGGUGAGGAGGUCUUGCGAUACGCUAAGGCUCUGUAUACCUUCAUGGAACCCAACGAGCAGCAGAUAGUGAAUUUCCAUGUAGGCGACUAUCUGCUACUCACAGAACAGCUUGACCAAGACUGGUUCAUUGGUGAGGUUCUCGAUUCUCAAAAUGUUGACCCUGAGUACCGCUAUGGUAUCAUUCCGCGUAACUACAUCGAAAUUUUGCCUUAG